UCAACGACUCAGAUCGUAACACGGCCGAAAACCUAACAAAAACAUUGGAUCAAUCAUAAUAAAUAACUUCUGAAAUCGUAACAAAAAGCAUCAGACAAAUUAAAAAAAAAAGAACCUGAAGAAUGCAGACUAAGUACAAUCCAUUCUCAUUUUUCCAAAAUCUAUCACUUUGAUCGUCAAUUCUUCUUGAGUUCACAGAGGAAAACCAUGAAAUUCACAAACUCGCCGGUUGUAGAACUUCCGGUGGGUGGGGAAGUGCUUCAUAUCGAGCAAGACAAUGGCUCAAUGCAUGUGGGCACCUCCGUCUGGCCCUGCUCCCUCCUCCUCGUCAAGUUCGUUCAGCGCUGCCUCACAAGCACAACAGCAGAAAUGUCAUCAGAGCCCCCAAACCCUUAUGCCCAAAUCCUUCAAUUCAACAACAAGCGCGGAGUCGAACUCGGGACCGGCUGUGGUGUCGCCGGAAUGGGGCUCGCCCUGCUUGGCCUCGAUGUUGUUCUGACAGACAUCGCCCCCGUUCUGCCCGCCUUGAAGCGCAACGUGAAGAAAAACACGGCCGCCACUUCACUCAAGAAUGCUGGAAAGCCGGGCUGCAGCGCCGGAAGAGUGAAAAUCUCACAGCUUUACUGGAACAAUGAGAAGCAGAUUCAGGUACUCAAGCCUCCUUUUGAUUUUAUCAUAGCUACGGAUGUUGUAUAUUUGGAGAAUAUUGUGGAGCCGUUGAUUUUUACCAUGAAUGCUCUGGCUGGGCCUUCCUCUGUUAUUUUGCUGGGCUAUCAGAUUCGAUCCCCCGAAGCUCAUCGCCUUUUUUGGGAGAUUUGCCCCAGGUUUUUUAGCGUUGAGAAGGUUCCCCGCGAGUAUUUGCAUUCAGAUUAUGCUUAUGAGGAGAGCGAUGUGUAUAUACUUCGGAAAAAGACUAAUUAGGGCUAUUUACAGAGAGGAUUUUGAGAGCACAGUUAUAGCGAGAGGGUUUUUAGGAGACUAAUAAUAUAGCCAGGGUUUCGACAACACGUCAAGGAGAGAGUUUUUUAGGGUUUUUGGGAGGCUCUAAAAAUAAGUUCCUUCCGGAAAUCAGAGCAGAGUGAAAAAAUUGUAAAUUAAGGGUUUGUGUAGCUGAGGGUUUAAGGGGCUAAUGUUUCAGGAGUCUCGAGGGUUUUGUGUUCUUGGUGAAUUCAGUUUUUUCUUUUCGGUUGACAUUAUACCGUUGCCAUGUGUUAGCAAGAAGAUUUCCUAUUCUUAUCAUAUGGUAGGCAUCCGAUCUGGUAUGUGUUAUGAAUGGUCAUUACCUUAAGUUCGACAACAAGCUUUUGCAAUUACAGCAAUUCAUUUUCUUUGUUAGUUACACUCGUUUAGCUGGAUCUACAGUCUUUUUAUGUAGGGUUUCAAUCCAUUGCAUAUCUGACAUGGUGUGCUGUUGAUCUUGUAACAUACAUAAUUGCCACAACUUUGUAAUCAAUUUUCUUAGCGAUUUCAGUAAUUCUUUUCAGGGUUAUAA